AUGACCAGUGUUAAGCGUACCAACACUGAUUUACGUCAUGUAAGAGAUGGUCGUCAGAACUUUAAUCCAAUGUACACAAAGUUGCCGCUGCAUGAAAUUAUUCGUUAUGAACCAAAGACUGGGUUCGGAUUCAUAUUGCUGACCUCGGUCAUCAGUCUUGUAAUUAGUACAAACCCGUGUCCAUAUAAUUAUGCUGUGUGUAAGAUUGAAAACUCAACACUACCGGAACUAUGCUGUAUCAAAGAUUGUUGUAAUGUAGAAUCGUCAUGUCUUAACGAUUACAUACGAUGUGUUUGUAGAACUAGGACUUUAUGGGAUAAGUUCGAUUUAACCCCGUUAGAUGUGGAAUACACAACAGUGCGUGGAUCCUCUGUAGUGAGUGGACGUGAUGAUAUAAAAGCCAGGCUGGAGCAUACAGAUGGUUAUCUUAACGCUCUUCCUAGUAACAUAUGUCAGUACCAGUUAUUACUAUAUAUUGAUGUUAGUAAUAACAGAAUAAAGGAAAUAGGAAAUAUUUCAUGUCUUUCUCAGUUAGAUACUUUAGAUCUAAGUGAGAAUCGUAUCUCAUUAAUUAACAAUCAUACAUUCCAAGGACUUGUGUCAUUGCGAAAACUACAUUUGGCACGUAACAGGAUAAGCUAUAUAGAACCGUAUUCUUGGUCUCAUCAGACCUCCUCUAUAUUAGAAAUUCAGCUGGAUGAUAACGAACUGUUGAACAUUGAUGUUACAAACGUCAUUAUUAAUAGACCAUUCUGUGAACUUAGUUACGUUCGCAACAAAAUAGAAAAUGUUGUCAAUGAAGCUGGCUGGAAAUUAACAGCGGCAGAUACCAUCGUCCAAGGCGGGAUGGUACAACUUACGGAGAAUAACCUGACAGGCAUCAUCAACUUCCUUGAGCUUGGUGUCGAGGACAUCGCAGUCUUUGGCAAAAUAUUUUCAUAUGGAAUAGACAUGCAUGAUGUUCCAUUUAGGUGUGAUUGUGAAAUGGAGCCGUUCUUACUUAUGGCUGAAUCUGCUCUCCAGAUGAUAUGGAGGUCUUACUUUAAUAUGUCUUGCUUUUAUCCAGAAGAGUUGCUUCACCGUCCAGUACCAGAUCUUGUAAGGACUCGGCAGUUCGAUCUUCUUAUAUGUGAUAUCCCUAAGACCGAAAACUGCCCUUACAAUUGUUCUUGCUAUAAACAACCCAGUAAGGAACGCGUUGUAGUGAAUUGUUCAGGACUUGGACUGAAUAAAAUGCCAGAGAUUCUCCCGAGAGAAGAUCUACCACUUGAGAUAUUCUUAGACAAUAAUCAAAUAACCGAUUUGUCUCCGCGUGGAUACCUUAACCGAACGAAGAAACUAAGCUUAACCAACAACACGAUCACAACACUGCACGGUUCUGCUCUAAACCAAUUACCAAUUAAUGUAACAGAGAUAGACUUACGCGGAAAUCCACAGAUAAGGGAUUUACCAAGUGAUAUUCAGUAUUUUAAACCAAGCAAUUUCAGGUUCGGUGAGCUGAUAAUUAACUGUGAUUGUAGCAAUAAAUGGUAUGGAAAAUGGAUAAAAAUCAAUGAAUACGAACAAGGAAAAGACGCAAACAAUAGUUUUUGGUGUCGAACUACAGACAACGUUAAAGUGGCCGCUAUUGAUGCUACAGAAGAUUUCCUUGAGUGUAAAGAGUCGAUGAUAGCAACAUGGAUAAGUGUAUCACUGGCUGUUCUCACAUCACUAGUCCUAGGGAUAUCAUUAAUUGUCAAGAUAUUUCAGUACGAAAUUUACCUGUUGUUUCGUACGUUCAAAAACAAAUACAAGACAUAUCCAGAUAGGUACUAUGAUGUUUAUAUAUCUUAUGAUGAAACAGUUCACGAGAUAAAUAAAUGGAUCAUGAAGGAAUUACUUCCUUCAUUAGAGGAGGAUGGGUACCGAGUCUGUAUUCCUAGUAGGGAUUUUGAUGUAGGCGUUUCUCGUCAAGAAGAAAUAAUACAUAGCAUGGGGCGAAGUAACUUUGUCCUUGUUCUUCUAUCCAAAAACGAAAGGGAUUUCAUUUGGGAUUUGGAAUGGAAGCAAACUUGGUAUUUGUAUACGACCUAUAAAAUCCGUAACAUAUUACUUGUAAAUUUUGAUAUGGUUGACUACGAUUCCGUUAACAACCCAGUCUUACGUGCAUUCGUCCGACUAGGAAUGUAUUUUGACUUUGCCAACAUGAAACAGACAUUGAUUGCGGACAUUAAGGAAAUGUUAGGGUGUUCUGGUCGAGCAAAACGUCGAUUAGAAAAUGAAUUUUUAAAUUAUAUCUCACGAUUUAAUAAACACGACAUGUUGAUGUCACGUUGA